AUGGUGCAGGGAAGCCAGGAGAGAGAGGGUGGACAGGGUCGCCCUGUGUCGGGGCCUCCAGACACGGAAGGAGAAGAUGCAAAAGAUGAAUCAAGAGACGAAGCUCCUGCUGGCAAUGCAUCCCUAGUCGAUGAUAAGAAAGACGAUGGCGCCACCGGCAGCAAUGGCCAGGAUAGGGAGCAACAACAGGAGCCGAUCCCCGGAUGCUCAGAGGGCCCUCGCAUUCGUCCACGUCCACCACGCCAGCUGCCCCGCUUCCGCCAAAGGUUCACCCAGUUCCAGCUGCAGGAGCUGGAGCGCAUUUUCGAACGCAACCACUACCCUAGUGCUGUAGCACGAAGGGAGCUUGCAAGAUGGAUAGGUGUGACGGAGCCCAGAGUGCAGAAUUGGUUUAAGAGUAGGAGAGCCAAAUACAGGAAAGGCUUGAGGAUGUAAGUGCUCUGAGGUGCUCCUCGUGGUGCCUGCCGCAGCUGCACCUUUCCCUGAAGACUGUGGAGGAGCCCCAGAAAAUCACCCUUGCCCAGGAGACAGAGCACAUGAGUUUCUGCUACCACCGAUGUAUCACUUUGCCCCCUCCCACUGCCCCACUCUU